CUAAUGCUUUAGUGGUGACAUCUGAGCGCGAACCUCCCCAACUUGGUAUGGUCAAAAUCCCCAGCGUUGACCAUAACUCUGUGAGCGUUGACCAAGAGUUGACUCAAGCUAAUGGAAUUUCACAUGAAGUUGACCACCCUCAACCUGAUAUUCUUGGAGAUCUUUUAAGCCCACUGGCUAUUGAAGCACCUCCUCCUCCUGUAAGUGAAGAUGAUGCAUUAGCUCUUGCACCUGUUGAAGAGCAAGAUAAUAUUGUAAAGCCAAUAGGAGACACUGCAGAAAGAUUUCAUGCCCUGUGUCUUAAAGAUAGUGGAGUUCUAUAUGAAGAUCCUUAUGUUCAGAUUGGUAUCAAAGCAGACUGGCGAGGUCAUCAAGGUCGCCUAGUCAUCUUUUUGGGGAACAAAACAACUUCUUCACUCACUUCAGUUCAAGCAGUGGUUCUGCCUUCAUCUUAUUUAAAACUGGAACUCUCAUCAGCAAAGAACAAGCUUCAAACCAUGCAAACCAUGGUGUUUGUCGUCCACACACAGCCUUCUCUAACAGCCCAUCUUUUUUCCAGGGCAAAAGAGUUGGGCAUGAUGGGUGAAGGAUACAUGUGGAUCAUAACAAUUAAGACUACCAACUUGUUGAAUUCCAUGGAUGCUGAAGCAAUCAAAUCGAUGCAGGGGGCUGUGGGUUUCAGAUCGUAUUUUCCAACAUCAAGAAAGCUUCACAACUUUGCUUCAAAAUGGAGGGAGGAACAUUAUGCAAUUAAUAAAAGAAACCAUUUCAAGAAAGUCAAUUAUAGACUUCAUUCAAGUAAGAAUGAAUCAAGAAGAGCCCUUGAAUGA